AAGCCUACGUUUCUUUAAACUAUGGCCCUAUGUUUUUUUGAUGGGUUGAAAUCAUUGGGCUAAUAGUUAUUUGGAGAUUUAGGUUAUCUAAAAUUCUCGGACAUGAUAUCAGUAUUUAAGCAUUGAUGCAUUGUAAUUUUGAAUGUUAAAUUAGCCUAAAACGCAUCUUACGAACUCAGUAGUUUUAGAUCAGAUAUGGUAGGUAUAUCAAACAUUAGUGUAAUAGCAUAUCAAAGUAUCUCUGUUAGUCAGUGUAUCAAUUUGUGUCUUGUUUCUCUGCAGAAGACCGCUCGUGCGUAAAGUUGCUGGCACCGCCUCUUCGCUCUCCAAACCUGAACCAUGUACCCGUUUAAUGCCAGUUUCAGUAACUUCAGUCUGAUGAUGGAGGUUGCGGACAUGCCCCGGGAUGAGAACCUGGCCAAAGUAGAGAUCGCGCUGCUCAGCGUCAUCUUCGUCAGUGCCGCUAUCCUGAACACGGGUCUACUACUGGUUCUGUGGAAGCGGCGCAAACAGGUAUCCAAGAUGCGUGUCUUGGUGUUCCACCUUUGCGUUGCGGACCUGGUUGUGGCGUUUUUCCAGGUGUGCCCGCAGCUCAUGUGGGACAUUACGGACAGAUUCAUCGGACCGGACCUGGUGUGCCGCUUGGUGAAGUAUCUGCAGGUCGUAGGCAUGUUUGCGUCCACCUACAUGAUCGUAGUGAUGACCAUUGACCGCUACCAGGCUAUCUGCAACCCUAUGGUCAAAUUUCAGAGGAGGCGCAAGCGCUGGAACAUCCCUGUUUGCAUCGCCUGGGCGAUAUCCCUCGUGGGCGGCCUGCCUCAGAUUUUCAUCUUCUCGCGGGUCCAGGUGGCGCCCGGGGUGUUCGACUGCUGGGCGGACUUUAUUCAGCCCUGGGGCUUGAAGACCUACAUCACCUGGACCACGAUGGUUAUCUUUGUCUUGCCCAUUUUGACCGUGGUGGUGUGCCAGGUGCGAAUCUGUCGAGCCAUCCAGAAUAACCUUUACUUAAAGACGCACCAGGAUGGGGGUAGCGGGGUUGCCUUUCAGCUGCCCUCCAGAACCAGCAGCGUGGCUGGUGUGUCCAAAGCACGAAUCAAAACUGUGAAGAUGACAGUGGUUAUCGUACUUGCCUACAUCAUCUGCUGGACUCCGUUCUUCACGGUCCAGCUUUGGUCUGUGUGGGACAAGGACGCGCCAACAGAAACCGCAACGUUCACCAUCCUGAUGCUGUUGGCAAGUCUGAACAGCUGCGCCAACCCCUGCAUCUACCUGCUCUUCAACGGCCAGCUGCCCAAUAAGCUGACGGUGCUGUGCCGAAGGCCUUCCAACGGGAAAGACUCCAUUAACUAUGAGGCCACAGUGGUCAGCUCGCUCUACAUGAGCUUCAAAAGCAUCUCCGACUCCAAAUAGAACACACGGUUUUCAUAUUCUCCAGGUAUGGGGUAGCAAGUAACUAAAGGUAUGCUUUAGAACCUGAAAGGGUUCUUUGGCUGUCCCCAUAAGAGAACUCUUUGAAGAACCCUUUUUGGUUCCAUGUAGAACCCAUAACAAAAAAGGGUUUUCCUAUGGGGUACUGCUGAAGAACCCUUUUGGUACUCUUCCUUCUAAGAGUGUAUGUGUGGAAAUACACGCUAAAUACUGGGGAAUAGUCCACCACUAAUGGAUGAAGGCAGCCUGUUUGUGAUGUGGGCUGGCGCUGGGUGUCACAGAGAUAUAUCACGGUUGUAACACCUCUGGCAGACAACAUAUGAAUGAGCAACAUUAGCUAGAUUUCCGACAGUUUUCAUGUGAAUAUGAUCAAAUCCGCAUAAAAACAAUAUGCGAAUUUCCCACUCUGACAGUGUUUCCAUCAAAUGUACUUGAUUGACAUGAUGCAGAUAAAAGGCUGUGUGCGCGUGAUCACGUGGUGCACAUAAAAUACAUUUUGCGGUUAAAUGUACCUAAGAAAAAAUACAAGUUAAAUGAGUUUCCAGCACAUUUUCAACUCUACUGAUGGUUUUCUAGCUAACAGCGCUAUCGUAUUUAUAUUUGUCAAACGGCAGCCAGGCCUUGAUUAACAUGUCACCAGAAGAAAACCCUCAAUAUUUAUUGGAAAGGAGCAUCAAGCUCAUCACCUUGCACUUUCACCACCCUGUGAACUUCAUCAUUUAUUUAAUCUGUAGCAUAAUAAACUGCAUGCUUUCCCAAAGAGUUGUGGGGGGGACCACACAUGUCAUUACGUGACUCCAAGUUUACUUCGAUAUGAUAGUUAUUAUAUCAAUAUUUGCGCAGAGCAGUGUUUCCCAACUCCUGUUCUUGAGUACCCACAACAGCACAUACAUAUUUGUUGUAGCACCAGACAAACUCACCUGAUUCAACUAAUUGAGCGCUUGUCCAGGGUUACAACAAAAUGUGUGCUUUUGGGGGUACUCAAGGUUGAUUAGUUUCCUACCUUUUUGUGAAUAAAUGUCUAAAUCUAAUCUAACACCAGUUAACACCUGCAAACUUUUUGAUUGUAUAGUGUAGACUGCAUUUACUGCCUGUGAUUGUUUACAAAAAUCACAUGAUCAUCUUCAGCUGUUUGGUGCUUUUAUGAUGCCAGAGAAGUGGUGAAAGAAGCAGUUACAAAAUAGAAGGUGUGUGUUCACAGACAUUGUCCAAUGUUGAUGUAACCUAAAAAAAUACAAGCCAAUUGUUUGAUGUCUUCUGUGCACAUAUGAAUGACCCCUAUGAUGUAACUGCAAUGAUGAGAUAGAUGUUCUUCUUCUUUGUUUUCUUAUCUCGCAGUCAUCCUGUGUUCAGUCGUGUUUGAUCUUGCCUAGCCAUCUUGUCUCAAGAGGACCACAAUGGAAAUAAGUCCCAGACUUUAUUGUGUGUUAUCCUCCAUGCUUUAACAAUGGAAAUAAGUCCCAGACUUUAUUGUGUGUUAUCCUCCAUGCUUUAACAAUGGAAAUAAGUCCCAGACUUUAUUGUGUGUUAUCCUCCAUGCUUUCACUCAUGUGCAUGUAUGGCUUUUUCUAGUUUUAUGUGUGCUUGUUUUUUUAAAUGGUCAAAUUAAUAAACUAAACUUCAGAAAGACUAGAACGAUUUUUGGAAAACUUUGUUUAAUACCCGAAAAUGAUGUAUGUAAACCUUCUAUGUUUAGGUCUGUUGUGAACUGACAAAGACUAAUGAUUUUGUAGUGCAAUUGAUUGUAAAAUAAACAACCACAUUUUCGUGGGUAGAUGU